AUGGCGAGAGGUAUCAUAGAGAAAGAGUUCGCAGGGACAAGGAGCUGUGGAGAUGCUCGAAGAGGUACCUGGGUUGCAGAAGCAGAAUUACGACGUCGAAUCGGGUACCAUACAAGUGGUUUCCUUUUCAUUUCCAUGAAGGACGUUGUGUUUGUUUUUGCAGUACGAUUUUGUAAACGUGACUCAGGAAAGGAACUGGCAAUCGUGAAGGACUUCACCUUUUGUCGUCAGAGACGCGGACAAACUUCUGAUACCUGGAUAUGUUCGCGUGGAUAUGCUUGCAAAGCUCGCUUCAGUUUCGACGUUCAGAAUAAUUAUAUUAGAAACGGCUUGUUGGACCACAAUCAUCCACCUAUAUUUUUCGCCAAACGGAAAACAGGAAAAGACGUGGCAAUAGUAAAUCACUACUCAUUUUAUCGCAAGAGGGAAUCGUCGACAGGAGUGACCUGGAUCUGCACGAGAGGCAACCCUUGCAAGGCACGCUUCUUCCUGCGAUUUGGCGAGAGGAAAAUCAAAAGAGGCGUCUUGGAGCACCAUCAUGCACCAAAUCAAUAUAUUAUCAAGAAGGGUUACCUCCCCUUGGAAUACGAGCUGGUACCACGUGGUUCGAGUUACGUGUUACGUCUCGGUAAACAUACAUUUUCCACGAACUACGCAAAUGCGGCCGUGGAAUACGUGACCUCACAGAAGGGGAAAACGCUGUUGAAAAUGAACGGGUAUACCUACUCCCUCAAGAGCGACACCAAAUGCAGGAAGAAGAAUAGGUGGGUGUGUUCCACUCAUCAAGUGAAGCGUUGCCCAGGAGUUUUGCUGAUUACAGACGGAAAGAUAGUGAGCAGGAACGAAAAUCACAACCACCCACCGAAACUGAAGGAACUCCUUCCGUUCCUUUAUGGACCACCAGCCUGGUACAAGCAAGCCCAUUUUAUGGAACCGACUGGUAGCGUUACUCAGAACCGCGACGGCAACAGUGGCAAACCUUAA